AUGCCACCCGCACGCAGGCGGCCACAGGCCCCGCCAACGGCCAAACCGAGGCGGUCCUCAGAGGCUACUCCGAAUGCGCCUAAUUCAACAGCACAGCGAAAGCGCUCUUCUAUCGCCAAAGAAUCCCACCUGCCCGCCGCUGAGACUGAAAAUGGAGAAGCCGAUGUCGAGGCUGACGCAAAUAAGCCCGAAAUGACGGAAGAGGAGGGAUCCAGUUACAAACACAAGGAUCCCUUUGAUGCACUCCUGGAGCCCUUCUAUUACAACAAAUCGCUCACAGACCCGAUUGACACGGCUAGGGACAAGUGGAACCUGUUGCCGGCGUUUCUGAAGGUGAAGGGUCUUGUGAAACAGCACAUCGACUCAUACAACUACUUUGUCGAAGUACAGCUCAAGAAAAUCGUCGAGUCCAGCUCUACUAUUCGCAGCGAUGUGGACCAUCAGUUUUACAUCAAGUUUACGGACAUUUAUGUCGGAUCUCCGCGACGUGCAGACGAGACCCAAGACGCGGGCAUUGACUUUCAGUCGGACGUCACUCCUCAGGAGUGUCGCCUCCGAGACACCACUUACGCCGCGCCCAUCUUGGUCGACUUUGAGUAUGUUCGUGGCCGGCAACGCGUCAUCCGUCGCGGAGUCUCCAUUGGCCGUAUGCCGAUCAUGCUGCGAAGCUCUAAAUGCGUUCUGGCGAACAAGACACCUGCACAGAUGACAGUCUUGAACGAGUGUCCCCUGGACCCUGGUGGUUAUUUUGUCGUGAAUGGAACCGAGAAGGUCAUUCUCGUACAGGAACAGCUGAGCAAGAAUCGAAUCAUCGUCGAGACGGACCCCAAGAAAGAGAUAGUUCAAGCUUCAGUCACCAGUUCUUCCAACGAGCGCAAGUCCAAGAGUUACAUUGUUCUCAAGAAGGAUCGCCUUUACGUCAAACACAAUGUGUUAAGUGAUGACAUUCCCAUUGUGGUGUUACUCAAAGCCAUGGGCAUCCACACCGACAAAGAAAUUUUACAGCUGGUCGCCGGAUCAGACAGCCUGUAUCAGGACGACUUUGCCAUCAACUUUGAAGAAGCGUUCAAUCUUGGCAUUUUCACGCAACAGCAGGCUUUGGAUUGGAUCGGAGCUCGCAUCAAGAUCAACCGCAAGACUGGUGCAUACCGGCGCACUCAUGUGCAGGAGGCGGUUGAGGCUAUCGCAUCCGUCAUUAUUUCCCACAUCGAAGUCAAGGACAUGAACUUCCGUCCAAAGGCCAUCUACGUGGCCCACAUGGCUCGUCGUGUCCUGAUGGCGAAGAAUGAUCCAGCUCUGGUCGAUGAUCGCGACUACUUGGGUAACAAGCGCCUGGAGUUGGCUGGUCAAUUACUGGCACUUCUCUUCGAAGAUUUGUUCAAAAAGUUCUGUUUCGAUAUCAAGAUGAACAUUGACAAGGUCCUCAACAAGCGCAAUCGAGCGGAGCAAUUCGACGCGUGGAGUGUUGUCAGUAUGCACGGAAAUCACAUCACGCAGGGCAUGAAUCGGGCAAUUUCCACAGGCAACUGGAGUCUGAAGCGUUUCCGCAUGGAACGUGCUGGUGUGACCCACGUUCUUAGCCGACUCAGCUAUAUCGCUGCGCUUGGUAUGAUGACCCGAAUUAGCAGUCAAUUCGAGAAGACCCGUAAGGUCUCCGGUCCUCGUGCCUUGCAGCCGUCACAGUUUGGUAUGCUUUGUCCUGCAGAUACACCUGAAGGUGAAGCUUGCGGUCUGGUCAAAAACUUGGCUCUUAUGACACAUAUCACCACCAACGACGAGGAAGGCCCCGUGAGAAAUUUAAUUUUCAUGCUCGGGGCCGAAGAUAUCUCAACCGUCAGUGGAAUGCAAAUUUACGCCCCGGGGAGCUACAGUAUCUCCAUUAAUGGUACACCAACGGCCUUGACACGACGACCCAAAUACUUCCUCAAUGCCUUCCGUCGACUUCGUCGGAUGGGUCGAAUUUCAGAAUUUGUCAGUAUCUACAUCAAUCACCACCAGCGUGCCGUCCACCUUGCGACCGACGACGGCCGGAUUUGCAGACCUCUCAUCAUCGUUGAGAAUGGGAAGUCACGCGUCCGACGGCACCACCUGCAGAAAUUAAGAGACGGCAGGAUGCAAUUCGAUGAUUUUCUUGCACAAGGUCUUGUCGAAUAUCUUGACGUGAACGAAGAGAACGAUUCGUAUAUUUCAAUUUACGAAAAAGAUAUCAACGAGGCCCAUACUCAUCUCGAAAUCGAACCUUUCACGGUCUUGGGUGCCGUAGCUGGCCUCAUUCCCUACCCUCACCACAACCAGUCACCUCGUAACACUUACCAAUGUGCCAUGGGUAAACAAGCGAUUGGAGCGAUUGCCUCGAACCAAUUCCAGCGAAUUGACUCCAUUCUCUAUCUCAUGGUCUAUCCUCAGAAACCGAUGGUCAAGUCGCGAACGAUUGAGCUGGUCAAAUACGACCAACUGCCCGCCGGUCAGAACGCAACUGUUGCUGUUAUGAGUUACUCCGGAUAUGAUAUUGAGGAUGCUCUUGUUUUGAACAAGGGUUCCGUAGACCGCGGAUUCGGUCGAUGCCAGGUCUACAAGAAAUACGUCACAAAUCUCAAGAGUUAUCCCAACGGAUUGAAGGAUCGACUUAACCCACCAGAGUUUGAGAACGAUGCCCCUAUUCGUAAGCACGCUCUUCUGGAGAGCGACGGUCUUGCUGCAGUGGGUGAAGAGGUGAAGAGUGGCGAGGUCUACAUCAACAAGGUGACCCCGGACUCAGCUCAUACGACAGGCUUGGGCGGUGAUUCAAACAAGCCGCUCACCUGGCAAGCAACACCCAUGACAUACAAACUGCCCGACCCAGCAUACAUCGACAAAGUCAUGGUGUCGGCCACAGAAGGUGAGACACAGCUGCUCAAGGUCCUGACACGGCAGACUCGUCGCCCCGAAGUUGGUGACAAGUUCUCCUCUCGUCACGGACAGAAGGGUGUGGUUGGUAUUAUUGCUGACCAGGUGGACAUGCCGUUCACUGAUUCUGGCAUCAACCCUGAUAUCAUCAUGAACCCCCACGGUUUCCCUUCGCGAAUGACAGUCGGCAAAAUGUUGGAGCUGGUCGCUGGCAAGGCCGGUGUCCUAUCUGGCCAGCACGGUUACGGUACCUGUUUUGGCGGCAGUCCUGUUCAGGAGAUGUCGCAAAUCUUGAUUGAUCACGGCUUCAGUUAUGGUGGCAAAGACAUGCUCACCUCCGGUAUUACAGGCGAGCCCUUGCCUUUCUACGUCUUCACUGGUCCUAUCUAUUACCAGAAGCUCAAGCACAUGGUGCAGGAUAAGAUGCACUCGCGGGCUCGUGGUCCCAAGGCUACAUUAACCCGGCAGCCCACGGAGGGACGUUCGCGUGACGGUGGUCUCCGUCUCGGUGAGAUGGAACGUGACUGUCUUAUUGCCUACGGAACCAGUCAGCUUCUAUUAGAGCGUCUGAUGAUCUCUUCUGAUGUUCACGAAGUCGACAUCUGUGAGAAGUGCGGCUUCAUGGGCUACCUCAAUUGGUGUCCCGGGUGCAAGUCAUCUCGGUCUGUCGUGAAGAUGACCAUCCCUUACGCCGCGAAACUUCUAAUCCAGGAGCUGAUGAGUAUGAACGUUGCUGCUCGCCUCAAGCUUGAUGACGAGUUCCCUGAGAUGAAGGGCUGUUAA